CUCCUCUCUCGUUCAAUACAACAGGUUUAUAAAUCUGGAUAAUAACCCUAGCUACCUCCUAAUCCUAUCCACCAAAUAUCUUAACACUAAUAAAGAGCGUAAAAUAAAUCCAUGCACGUUAGUUUUAACCUUUUUUUCACUUAGAGCCGCCAUGAAAGCUGAACUAAGAACAAAUAUCGCUACGUCCAUUAAUCCUCUUCAAACCUCAAGUCUUUUAAACAGUAAUCAAACUCAAACCUCGCUCUCCGGCGCUCUUAGAGGAUGUCUCGGUAGCAUUGAUGGAGCGUGCAUAGAGAAGCUUCUUCUUCACUGUGCUAGUGCCCUCGAGAGCAACGACGAAACGUUGGCUCAGCAAGUGAUGUGGGUGCUGAAUAAUGUUGCUUCUUUGGUUGGUGACCCUAACCAAAGGCUCACCUCUUGGUUUCUAAGGGCACUUAUCUCUCGGGCAUCUAAAGUUUGCCCUGCAGCCAUGAAUUUUGAUGGUAGCAACACCAUCCUUAGGAGGAGACAAAUGAGUGUUACUGAACUUGCCGGGUACGUUGAUCUAAUUCCAUGGCAUAGGUUUGGCUUUUGUGCAUCAAAUAGUGCCAUUUUUAAGGCAAUUGAAGGGUACCCUAAAGUUCAUAUCUUAGAUUUUAGUAUCACUCACUGUAUGCAGUGGCCUACUCUUAUAGAUGCUUUGGCUAAAAGACCAGAAGGUCCACCUUCACUUAAAAUUACUGUGCCCUUAACUAGGCCUCAAGUUCCUCCCUUACUUAAUGUAACUACUGAAGAAGUUGGCCUCCGUUUAAGCAAUUUCGCGAAGUUUAAGGAUGUCCCGUUCGAAUUUAAUGUAAUUGAUGAUCCUUCAGCAACGGAAUCCUCUGCUGCUGGCUUUCAGUUUGAGUCACUGCUCAAUCAUUUGUCUACUUCUGUAUUAAAUCUUGAUGAUGAUGAGGCCUUGGUAAUAAACUGCCAAAACUGGCUUCGCUAUUUAUCCGAUGAUCUUAAGGAAACAACUCGAGAUUCUUCUGCACGCGAUACUUUUCUUAAUACCGUUAAAAGACUUAAUCCUCGUAUUGUAACCAUUGUCGAUGAAGAUUGUGAUCUAAACGCGUCAAGUCUCACUUCAAGGAUCGCUACUUGCUUCAACUAUCUCUGGAUACCGUUCGACGCAUUUGAAACUUUCUUGCCUAAAGAUAGUUGUCAAAGGAUUGAUUAUGAAUCUGAUAUCGGUCACAAGAUUGAAAAUGUAAUUAGCUAUGAAGGGUCUCAAAGAAUAGAGAGACUAGAAUCCGGAAUUAAACUAACACAAAGGAUGAAGAAGGCAGGUUUUAGUUGUGUUGAAUUCUGUGAAGAGACAGUCAGAGAAGUGAAAUUUUUGCUAGAUGAACAUGCUAGCGGGUGGGGAAUGAAAAGAGAAGAAGAUAUGUUGGUUCUCACAUGGAAGGGUCAUAAUUCAGUUUUUGCUACGGCUUGGAUACCUAAUAUAUAUUUAGAGGAUUAAACCAAAUAAGAUUUAGUCUUUUGUAGCAUCAACUCUAGGUUUUUUGUGUUAGUCUUAUUGCCCAAACUCAAUCUAGCUAAUUAAUGCUUAA